ACCAGUAUACGACAUUUAAGAAGAAUUUCCAGAUGAGUAAUUUCUCGGUAAUAAUGUCGAAGGAAAUUCUAAGUCAGAAGGAUGAGCUGAUGAACGUAAAGCGAAUAAGAAACGUCAACGACAACACGGCAUUAAGAAGAUGGCGUCUUCUGGCAAAAGCUCUCACCUGUUCCCCACGGCUGAUGAGCCAGACCAAGGAUGAUAUAUCCAUACGUCGAUUUACUACUUUCGGUUUGGUCUCCCCAUUAGUCCUAGUGAACGUGGUCACCGAUCCGGGGUCCACGUGGUGCGAGUAUUCCACGGUGAUCAACGACAAAUUUUACGACGUACAGAUCAGGCGAAUUAAUAAGAACUUUACGGCUAAUGAACUGAUCGGAUUCAAUAACACCGGAAAUGUCUGCGUCUGGCCAUCCGAAGAGUGCCUGGCCUAUUAUCUUCUGAAGAACGAGUGGAUCUGUAGAAACAAGAUGGUGUUGGAACUUGGUGGUGGAAUGAGCUGUUUGGCUGGCAUUUUUGCUGCUAAAUAUUGUAAUCCCAGCGGUGUUGCCUUGACCGAUGGCAAUGUCACCAGUGUAGAUAAUACCAGGUGCAUUGUCGCUAGAAACAACAUGGCGGACUUCGUCAAGUGUGGCGUAGUGCAGUGGGCUAGAGCGGCCAGAGCACUCAGACAAACUGAGUAUAGUGACAAGAGUGCACAGUGUUGGACCACGGAAAGCGGCGAUGAGUCACGAAGGACGGAAGGCCUCUACAACGUCAUUCUGAGUGCCGAUUGCCUUUUCUUCGACGACACCAGAAUUGACCUUGUCGAAACGAUUUACGGAUGGCUCGACGAUGACGGUAUCGCUCUAGUGAUGGCACCGAAACGCGGUACAACGUUUCAAAAGUUUACAGAAGCUGCUAUCAAACGAGGCUUCAUCGUUAAAAUAAAGGAACGUUACGACUCCGAAGUGUGGUCAUGUCAUCUUGAUCAACUCGUCAAUAAUCCAGAAUACGCUCCAGAUUUACAUUAUCCUGUUCUGAUGGAACUUACUAAAAAAUAAAUUUGUAAUAUUCCGACACUUUCAACACACCAGAUAAUAAAUAUAUAGUUCGUGAUUGAAAAACCCAAUCUGGACUCAUCUCGGACUGUUCACCAACAAAUAGACUGUUGAAUUGUACCAACAGAUGAAUCCGUAUUCAAUUUUAACUGACUCAUUUCAGUUAGCAAACAUGUAGAAUUUAGAAAAUACCUACGUGUGAAUUUGUUUCCUUCGUUGCGUUAUAGUCAAUCGAAAAUAAUAUUUGGACUGUAUCAGUGGUUAUAAGAAUCCUUGUAAGUUUUAUAUAAAACUAGACAUUUUAUUUUUAAAAAGUACAUAAUUGCAGGCCACAUGGAAAGUAAAUUCCAAUAGAAAAUCCAUGUUUGGAUUUUCAAUCCGGCCUGCCCAGCAAUGCGAAAUAUUUUUCUAACUUCUAACCGUACUUUUGUUUAAAUAUUAUCUUGUUUAAGUUGAUAACAUUUUAUUUUCGAAAUGAAUAUUUCUAAUUUGAACGACUGAUUUUGUUUGAGCUUGCUUUCAAUUUCUCAAUAAUAUAGUUUAAAAUAUUUUUCGUGCAUGUAUUAUAGCGUAAUAGAAAGUAAAAAUUCGUCAAGGAUUUGGUUGUCAUGAAUACAUUAAAUCAUUAUACGGUACAAAACUUGAAAGUAUUCAACUUCUUUUGAUCGAUACCAAAUAUUGUCCAACAAUGCCUUAUCACGCAUACAUGGAACACAGUAACAAGACCUUCGUUAUCUGAAUCUGGUUAUCUGUUAAUACACCAUCACUUACAGUAAUCGUUUCAUAUGUUUCUAAUGAAGUUCUAAAUGUACAAUAUUUGUAUUUCCUUCACUUAACUUGUGCAUCUGAAAUAUUUGAGUAGACUUAUAUUUGUUUUUAAAUAAGCGAACAUUCAGUUAUUGGAAACUUAGACAGGAGGGAGGAGAACUGUAAAUAAGAAAAAUCGUUUGUCAAUCAUUAUAUUUUUGAAAGGUAAUAUGCUAUUUUAAAGAAAAUGAAAGAGCAACAAAUAAAAGCACCGAAUGUGAGAAGA